AUGGGUGAAAAGAAACGGAAGGGAUCGUUGGGAGCGACUGAUCUGCCUCUCAAGAAGAGCAAGAAAUCAAAGAGCACAGAUGCUACCAAAGACCCCGUUGAACCUAAGCCAGUGUCUACCACAGAGCCAACUGCCGCAUUUGAAGUCGAAUCUCGGCCUUCAAACGAUGCCAGCACCAAGAAGUCUCGCAAGCGUGCUGCCGAUUUCAUGAAUGAGGAGGAGGAAACAACCAAGACUGCCGCUCCCCUCUCUACUGGUGAAGUUGUCGAAGAGCCUACUUCCAAGAAGUCGAAGAAGUCGAAGAAGAACAAGAAGAGCAAACAGGACGAAUUGCUUACGGCUGAUGGUGUCAAUGGCGUCGUGGAGCACCCUGGUGAUGAAGACCUUGAAACUGCAACCGCACAGAAACCCGUCACUACAUCGAUGCAAGCCGAGGCCGAGCGUACCGUUGAUCAGGAGCUUGAAGAAGACUUCCGUGCAGUUGCGAGCGAAGACGAGGCUGGCUACGUUGAUGAGGUCCCCGCGGAUGACAACGCUGCCGCCCUUCUGGCCGGUUUCGACAGUGACUCGGAAGACGAGCAACAAGAUGCAGGCCUCGACCUCACCACCACGCCUGCCCUGCCCCAAUCCAAGAAGGUUCGCAAGAAGUUGGACAAGCUCAAGGCAGAAGGCAAGGAUGAUGGUCCUGGCGCAGUCUAUGUUGGUCGCGUGCCUCAUGGAUUCUACGAAAAGCAGAUGAGGGAGUACUUUUCCCAAUUCGGCGACAUCACCAGAUUAAGACUCUCCCGCAACAAACGCACUGGAGCAUCCAAACACUAUGCUUUUAUCGAGUUCAGUUCAAACGAAGUUGCCAAGAUCGUUGCCGAGACCAUGGACAACUACCUCCUCUUCGGUCAUAUCCUCAAAUGCAAGUAUGCUCCACCUGAAUCGCUGCACCCGGAUGUCUGGGUCGGCGCGAACAAGAAGUACCGAAAGAUUCCUCACGAGAAGCUUGAAGGAGAGCGACUUGCCGCACCUAAGCCCGCCGACAAAUGGCAGAAGAAGGUGGACAAGGAGCAGCGAAGACGUGAGGAGAAGGCGAAGAAGUUGAAGGCCAUUGGACUGGAUAUGCCAGAGUCAACUCUCACCAGACCUGAAGAUGUAGUGCAGGAGAAACUCAUAACCGCCGAAGAACCCAAACUUGUUGAGGAUCAGGAGCCGGCUCCAGCAGCUUUGACAGAAGCCACCACCGAAGGAACAGAGAAGGAGUCAAAGAAAGACAAGAAGGCAAAGAAGGAUAAGAAGGAUAAGAAAAAGAAAAUUGAUGGUGAUGAAGACAAGGAGAUGCAAGAUCAGUCUGCUGAGAACGUCGCCGCCUCCGAACCCGCAACUGCAGAUUCCAUCGAGGCAGCCGGAGCUGAGGCGUCAAAAGGAGCUAAGGCUGCCAAAUCCGCAAAAGAACCUCAACUAUCAAAGAAGGAGAGGAAGGCGCUGAAGAAGGCUGAAACCAUGCCUGAUUCAGAUCUAGCCAAGGACGAAAGAAAGGCUCUUAAGAACGCCCAGAAGAAGCUUGCCAGAUUCGAUCCCAAGGAGUCCAAUGAAUUGACCACGGCGGCAGAACAGCCCGUCGAGGUAGAGGCAGUAGUCGCCGAGGUGAAGGCGCCAGUAGUCAAUGGAGUUGACACUGCAGAGGAGGCCAAAUCACCCAAGACGGACAGCAAAGCCGCCAAGAAGCUGGCGAAGAAGGCUGCAAAAGCAAAGAAGGAUGUCACAGAGACCGUGAAAGUUGCGGAGACAGAAGAGAAACCUGUCCAGGCUGCCGCAUCUGCCGAAAGCCCAGAACCUGCUCAGACUGCAGAGCCAGCAGCUCUUGGAACCGAUGCCGACUUUGUAUCUUUCGGGGAAUACAACGACGAGCAGGAAGCUGGAGCCUCAGAGUCCGACUCGGGCGACGCCACACGUGCCACUCUAUCCAACGCCAGCCGCGGGCCUAAAGGCAAGAAAUACAAGGAGAAGAAAGAGAAGAAAGAACGCAAGAACCUCGUCAAAGCCCGUGGACCGAAAUCGAAGCUUGUCCCAAUUCAGCCGAAGCCCGAUACGACAGUACCUGGAAAGCUUCCCGGUGUUCCUCUUCUGGGAAAGGGCAAAUACGACAAAGCUACUCGUCAGGCUCACAAGGAGUUGAAAAACAAAGUGUUGAAAAACAAGAAGGGCCCGCGUGGUAGUGCGGCUGGUGGUCCCGGCGCUUAG